CCAAGUUAAUUUGAUUGAAUUGGUCUAAUUCGGAAAAAGGAACAAAGAAAUGAAUCAACUAAAUUCUGGUAGGACGUAAUCAAUUGGCAUGCGGUCUUUUUCCGGUAGAAGAGUGCAAGCUAUGUUUCGUUGGUGGCUAGCUUGGCUACAACAAAGCAGCUAAAAUCAGAUCCACGGUAUAGGGCUGCUGCAUCUUUUAUGAACGUUGACUCUUGUGCAAGCCUCACGCUAGUUCUCCUUGCUCAGCUUUUAUAUGUUGUCAAACAACCUUUACUUCCAUCUUCUGAACAAUGUCAUCUGCAAUAAUGUUCAAGAAGAAGCUUUACUCCAUCAAUCUGCUAUUGAUCUUUGGAUCAGUCUCUUGUUUUUGUUUCAUAUUCUUUUAUGUGAAACAACCAAACUGGGCUGCAAAUUCCAUUCCUUCUUCAAUCACAGGGAAAACACACCUGCAGUCAAACUCUAGUGAUUCUCCUACUACCACUAAACUCCUUCUGUUUGGACUGGUUGGUUCCGAGAAAGCGAUGCAUCACAGGAAGGAUUAUAUUGAAUCAUGGUGGCGACCAAAUGAAUUCCGAGGAUAUCUCUAUCUUGAUAAAACUCCACAAGGAAACCUUUUGCCCUGGUCAUCAGCUUCUCCUCCAUAUAGGGUCUCCGACGACCUAACUAAAUUCAUAAAAGAGACACACGCAUAUGCACCGAUCAUGGUUCGCAUGGUGCAUGCAAUUAUGGAAAUAGUUAGAGAUGAGCGCAAAGGGUUCCGAUGGUUGAUUAUGGGGGAUGAUGAUUCAAUCUUUUUUGUGGAUAAUAUGGUUGAUGUUCUUGCAAAAUAUGAUCAUACCAAGUACUACUACCUUGGUGGCCCAUCCGAGUGUAUUAUUACAAACUAUGGGUUCUCGUUCAACAUGGGAUUCGGUGGAGCAGGGCUAAUAUUCAGUUAUCCUUUGGCAAAAGCCUUAGCAAAUGAUAUGGAAGGUUGCCUUCGGCACUAUGCGCAUUUACACUCGGCUGACCACAUUACCAUGGUUUGUAUAGCUGACAUUGGAGUAAAUCUAUCUCCCCAAAAAGGUCUUCAUCAGGUUGAUUUGCGAGGAAAUAUUGCUGGUUUCCUGUCCUCUCAUCCCAAAAAUCUGCUGAUGUCCCUUCACCACUUCGAUGUUGUAAACCCAAUAUUUCCCAGCAUGAAUAGGUUCGAAUCCAGUCGUCACUUGAUGAAAGCCGCCAAUGCUGACCAGUCACGUCUGCUGCAGCAAACAAUUUGCUAUCUCAGGCGACAUAGGUGGUCCAUUUCCAUCUCAUGGGGCUACUCUGUCCAUAUUUAUGAGAAAAUAAUACCUCGAAGUUGGCUGCAAAAUCCCAUUGAAACCUUCAGAAGAUGGGGAGGCAGUAAAAUGGAUCCGCCACGAUAUUUCUUGUUUAACACGAGGGCGCCGUCCAAGGAAUCUUGUGAAGCUCCACAUAUUUUCUUCUUUGAUUCUGUAAAGAAGAUCUCCAAGAACUCUACCCUCACCAGCUAUAAUAGAUCGUCACCGAGAAAAUUGCCUCCAUGUGUGCUCUCCGCAGAUAUUGUGUCACACGUUGAUGUUUAUUCACCAGCAACAAAGCGCAUUGAGAUUGAUAGAUGUGAAUGCUGUGACGUUACUUACGCGGAUCGGACAAAGAGAGCGACGGUCAGAUUCAGAGAAUGCAGGCCGGAAGAGAUCAUCAGAUAAGACUCAAGCCGUAGUCUAUUAUUUACUUUUUAGUUUCAAGUAUAGAUGAUAGACUUUUUCUAAUAAUUGAGUAGUUUCAGCAGUAAAUUCAUAUACUUCGUAUGACUUUGUAGGUAGAAAAAUGCUAACUAAUCCUAUCAAAGAACAUUUCGGACCUCAAUCAAGGGAUGCUUAUCUUUGGGUUUUGUUGAA